CACCGCCUUAAAAUACGUCAUAUCCAAGUUAAGAAAACCCAAAACGAGGACGCGGUCCCAAAUUUUUCUCCCUCUCUUCCGGUCUCUUCUUGACCCUAGCCUAACCAAACCCUAACCCGACCCUAACCCUCGUUAUCCAUUUCCCAAGCGGCCCAUCCCUCUCCUCCUCUCUCUCUCUCUGUUUCUGAAACCCUAACCGUAACCCUAGCCGAUAUCUAUAACCCUAAUACUUGAUCUUCUCCUUUUCGUUAAUUUAUUUUCUUAUUCCCACUUGGAUCUCCUUCUAUCUUCGCCGUUAAGUCUUGGUCCUAGUUCUACUUGGAGCCGAUCAACGGCGCCGUUCUUGUUGGAAUCGCGAGAUCCGGCCGUGGCCUCGAGGGGAUCCGACGCCAUGGUGGUGAACAGGCGGGCGCUGAAGCGGGCGAAGGGAAGGGUGACCGCAGAUCUGUGCGAUUUUCUGACUUUUCCGGCCGGCAGCGAUGGGAUCACCGACGGCCUCGACGGGCCGUUCCGCGUGAGCGUCCGGGAGUUUCUUGUGCGGCACGCGCGGCUGCCGCCGCCAUCGUCGAUCUUGUCGCCCUCCGCGGUCGCCUCGCCGCAUCUGAUACCCUGGCGGAUCACCUUCCGGGUGGGUGAUUUGGAAGAUGCUGUCGUCGAGCUUAACGUUGUAGAAGAGGAUGUGCUGCCAUCGAAGUCGAUCUAUUGUGAUCACUGUAGAAUCGUAGGGUGGAGUGGUCAUCCCGUUUGCGGAAAACGUUAUCAUUUUAUCAUCCGAAAUGAUAGCAAAUCAUCAUCUGGUUGUCGCCAGACAUGCAUCCAUUGCGGAACUUUGUUGCCUUUGUCCGAAACAAGGUGUGUUGCAUGCAAAUAUGAGAUGGGAGGUGAAGAUCCAGAAGACUGGCCAUAUGUGCAGUUGGAAGAUUCUACUCACUGGCUGCAUGGUGUAGUGCAUGCAAAUGGUUAUGGCCACCUUCUCAGAGUUAAUGGCCGAGAAGGUGGUUCAAAAUAUUUGACAGGAUGUGAUAUAAUGGGUUUUUGGGAUCGUAUAUGCAAAAUGCUCCAUGUCAGAAAAGUCAGCGUUUUGGAUAUCUCCAAAAAAUAUGGAAUGGAGUAUCGGCUCCUCCAUGCGGUAACCGCUGGCCGUUCUUGGUAUGGGGAUUGGGGAUACAGAUUUGGUGCCGGUAGCUUCUCCCUGACUGCAGUGGCCUACCAGAAAGCUGUGGAAACCCUCCCUAACAUACCGCUGUCCAUCUUCUUCUCCCAUUCCCGAUCUCCUCGCACCCCAUUACAGAAUAUGAUUGCACUGUAUCGGUUCAUCGCUGAUUACCCCUUGGUCACAUUUAGGGAUCUCUUCUGCUAUGUGACGCGUCUGCUUCAUGAAGCUCACGAGCGAAAAAAGCCUCAAAAUCCUUCGAGGAGGAAAUUGGCUAAAGCCACCUCAAGCGUAUUGGGUUCGUGGACGAAUGAAGAAGUUGAACGAGUAGAGAAGGCUACGGUCAAGGUUCUUCGUGCCGUUGGGGGUUCCAAGUGGGUGACUUGGCGCGCCCUCAGAGGAGCAACAGUUCGAGCACUAAAUGCCCCGGAGCUCCUCGACCAUUGCCUCAAGGGACUCGGCGGUAGAGCAACGGACGACGGUAUGGUUGUUGCAGUUCGAUACAAUGCUGAAAUGAGUGCAAUUGAGUACAGGCUUGAGGCAGCUUCAAACCAGACAACGACCACCCGAUACUUUCCGAGGCCAUCUGCUGAUCAGCUUCUCCAGGAUCUCAAAUUCCUGUAUGAUGCUCUUCUUAAUCCUGCUACCAUGCAAUCCUACAAGCCACAGGCAACAAAGAAGUCUGCCCAAAGCUCAGCGUCAAAUCUCCUAGACUGCAAGCAAUUCAUAAAGCAUUACGAUGAACUUGCAUCUAAUUGGUUGCCUUCUAGUCAAUUUGUGCUUCAGAUCUGGUGUCAUGUUGAGUUGAUUGAUCAUCCAAAGGACUACACUGCUCCCCCACCAGAGCUUCUGAUUUUGCCUAUAGCUGCCACUAUAGCUGAUCUAAAGCAACAAGCAACAAGAGCUUUUCAAGAGAUAUACCUUAUCUUCCGAAGAUUCCAAGCCGAACAGUUAAUAUUAGACCAUGUAGAUGUUAGUGACUCUGCUCUUGUCAGGCAUAUACUUGGCUCAAAUGGGAUUGCUAAGAUUAGAGGAUCCUGUGUUGGAGAUGACCAAAGACUUGGGCAGUUCCGAAUGGAGAGGGGAUUGGAGAACUGGAUUGUGGACUGUGAUUGUGGUGCUAAGGAUGAUGAUGGUGAGAGGAUGAUGGCCUGUGAUGCCUGUGGGGUCUGGCAGCAUACAAGGUGUGCUGGGAUCAGUGACUAUGAUGAAGCACCAGCUAAAUUUGUUUGUAAGAGGUGCAUUUGCUUGCGCAAGUCUAACGGGCGUAGCGGUGGACAAAUGAAAAGCAACACCUAUGGUGGGAGGUGCAAGGAUGAAACAGAUCCUUCUAGAUCAGGGGGAUUUGGUAGCCUGACAACUGUGAGGUGAAGAUAUUCCUGUCACCGUAAAUGUUGGGCGUAUGUACAAAGAGUAGCCUAGUUUUGGCCUUAUUGUAAUAAGAUUCAAGGCCAUGGUAGAAACUUUUUGUUUCCCAUUAAUGAAGAAGCUAACCUUUCCUCUAAAA